UCACACAGAGAGAGGGUCUGUGCUGUUCAUCCCGCUAGGAGCCAGUCAACAAUGACCCGGGCUCCGUUACCGACCUGAGAUCGCUGACGGAUCAUAUUUUACCUAUGGGACGUACUUGCAUUCUGUUGUCAAGCUGAUUCAACAUGGCGGACGACAGCCAGCUUGAGAGUGUUUCUAAACAUGUGUCAAAAGAUAUCGUAUGGGACGAUCGACCGAGGACUUUACGACAAAUAAUGACGAGCUGUCGUCUGCCUUUUCAUGUCAAAAUACAUAGAGGGGAUUUGUCAAAAUAUAUACCAGCGUCGAGUGAUCAAAAUGACGUUCUGCAUGUGUUGGAAGUUCGACGGAGGAAAAUUGUUUUAGGCAGACGACUUCAGUGGGAAAAAAGAGCCAAUGAUUACACUGUGACUGGAGAUCAGCUGGACAUACCAGCUUCUUUCAAAGGUUGGUUCGAGGUUGUCCCAGACGAUGGAAGACCAGUUGAGUAUUUUGACACAAUCAACGGUAUCACCAGCGUAAAGCCUCGGCGGUUUCUCGUCCGGACGUCUACCGUGGGCUACCAGCUCAGCAUCGAAGACGGUGUCAGUUGCUGGAUGCCCUGUGAAAUUAAGUCCGGGGAAGUAUUAACGACUGGCAUGAUCUACAUGGAUAACAAGAAAACCAAGUCCGUUUCGAAGAACAUCUUCAAGAAGCUACUAAAAUCCCACAAAACCUCCAAGAAGGAGCAGGAUAUGAAAUAUCUGCAGUGUUAUGACAGUGAAGGUAAAGAGAUCAUGAUACCUCUCAUCAUGUCCGGAGUGUUCAGUCCAGUAGGGGACGCUACCGUUGCUAACUAUGAUGCUGUGUAUGAGCUUCAGGACUUGAUCAUGGCGUUUGGCCUGCCCGUCAACGCCCAGAUCAUAUACUCCGGGGCAUCCGAGAAGGCUACGUGUCCCAAUGGAACAGUCAAGUUUGAGAGCACCCGAGAGGAAGAGUACGCCAUUGUUAAAAGGUCCCCUCUGGGGGAAUCAGAGGGCGAACCUAUUCAGGUGGAGCUGCCCAUGGAUGGGGAGGUGACCUUCUUCAAGGAGGCCAAGAAGAGAGUUGCUAAGAAGGACCCCGAUCCAAAGUAUCCAGUUCCGAGUGAGGAGAGUAAGGUGGACGUGACGUCAAACAUUGAACUUCCUAAACGUGUCGAUAAAGAAGCCAAAAAGUCUAAAACAUCAGCUCUCCUUGACAAACUUAGUGUCCGAAGAACAAAGAAAGAGCGUGCAAAAUUAAAGGCUAUGAAAGGUGACGAUGUGUUUUCAAGGAGGUUAAGUAAGAACGAUGUGAGCUAUGAAGAGUUUUUCAAUGGACUGAACAGCAAGGAAGAAGAUAAGGAAAACAGCGAAAGGAACAAGCAGAAGAGUCCCGAUAGUGAAACAACUAAGAAUUCGAAAGAGGACACCUAUGGCAAAAUCCAUAAGUCUCACAUACAGAACCGAGAUCUUCCUCCAAUCCCGCCUGAUGACAAAGGUCAAGGACAUACAGGAGGUCACAGUGAUCACAACAAGUCCAAAGAUUCCAUCUACGAACAUCUACCGCCGGCCCCUAAGCCACCGAGCAGGUCGUUCUCCGACCUUACUCGCAUGCAAGAGGAAGACGAGGACGAUGGCUAUAUGGUGCCAAUGAACUUGAAAGGUGAUUUUGAUACCGCUUACAGUGAAGGCACUGACGCCAUUCUCCGAAGAAAGCCUCCUUCCGUACCACGUGACUCUAUGAAGUAUGCGCGCACACGGAAAGCCAGAAGUGAAAUCCCCUGCCAUGGCGAGGAAGACUUUCAUGACAACUGCCCUUUCAACAUUGAUGAUCUGUUUAGUUUUGCUUAUUCCCAAGAGUCCAAAGAGAAGCCCUAUGGCACUAUCAGCAGUCGGUAUAACGUCAGCACGUCCCAGUUGUAUGGGUCGAACAAUAAAGCGAAACCACCUCCAUGGCGAGCCCACAUUCCCAACAGCUAUGAUCCUCGGUUCUUUGACGACCAGGACAUCGAUAUAAGGCAGAGGACAGUUACUCCUUCAAAAUACAAAUCAAAAUCUCAGCGAAAUCUCAACAUGGACCCUAACGCUACAAUUCGUAGCCAUAACCUUCGUAAGAUGAGGAAUGUGAUGGAAGUGUUUCAUUUCAGCGACUCAUUUAGGGAUCUCAGGGGUGGAGAACCUCCUUCUCCAGAUCACUACCACCGCCGCCAUUUCGAGAACCCGUAUGGGAUGACCCACGACCCCAGCGCUAUCUACUACCCGGGUAGCGGGCAUGGGCAGUACAUAGAAAACGAGCCUCCUUACAGAAAAUACCAUCGCUCCGCAUCAGUCUCAGGACUUAGCGAUCCUUACCUCAAACAAGGUGAUGACUCCGCAAUAUCGAUGGGGUCCAGAGGCGACUACGGGUAUCCUAAUGGCAGCGACUACAGCUACUCUGAGUACGGAGAACCGGAAGAUGAGAACUACAUCCCUCCGGAAGAGACGGAGCACCUCAGUGUGAAGGAGGUGUCGAAAUGUCUCCGUUAUAUAGGGAUGAAGGACCGUGUUGUGUUGAGAUUCUCCAACGAGCAGAUUGAUGGGGAAAUGCUUGGGAGACUGGACAAGAAGCUACUGAAGGAAGGUUUCCCCGAACUCAAUGCUCUGGAAAUUAAGAAAAUAUUAGACUUUAUUGGCGGUUGGAGGCCAAAGAAAGCAUGAUGGGCCCCCAUAAUCACACACACAGUUCACGAUGGUCACCGAGAAAUUCGUGAGCCAUUAUGACUGUAAAAUAGUUUGAGGUUUGAAAGAAUGAGGAAAUAUAAGCACAUGUAAGGCUCACGGGUUCCUUUCUUCUUGGCAUUCCCCUUCCUUUUCGUGUAAAGAGAAAGGAGUCUUAAUUCUCGUUGUCCAUGAUGUAUUAGUGAGUGAAGGUACGGUAUGACUGUCUUCGUUGGGUACACGUGUUUGACGUAUUACUGCCAAACAAUCUUAACAAAAAUAGGUGUGGACACGUCUUGGGUACAGAAGGGACAACAGAAGAACCAAUGCCAUCUGAACCGGAACAUAGGUGGAGUGUGACGGUGCACGUGCAGUUUCGUGCAUGCAUGCAGUGUGCGAAAUAGCCACUGGCCCGCUAGCCCGUGGCUAGUAAACAUCCAGUCGGGCCAGUGAAUUUCCAGUCACUGGCCCGCCUGGCUAGUGAAUUUUCAUGGGGGCAUUUUGUAAAUAUAUCACUUUCUCCGACUUGUUAAGUUAUAAUGCACUUUUAAAUCAUGCACGAUUAUGGCAUGAUAUAAAUGUUCAUCAUAUUAGCAGUUUUAUGAUGAAACCCGCGUCUACAUUUGAAUUUCGGGCUAGUGAAUUAUUUUGUGGGCUAGGAACUUUCAGGCAUAGCUAGCCCGACUGGAUAGAAAAUUUGGACACUGCAUGCAUGUUUUCGUCAACGUUAACUCGACACGACCAAACCGUCCACCCUUGAUGCUGAUAGACACGGAUAAUGCAGAUCCGGGGUCAUUGUGAGGUUGUCAGUUUUCUUAUGUUUGUUCAGAAGUACUUGCAUGUAUUUGUGUAUGAAUGUCAGUUUCAAGGAAAGCACAACGAAGUGAAGUACACGUGUGGAUUGACCUUCAACUGACCACUGACAAGGACGAUGUACCACGUGGUCAGUAUUCCACGUGGCGUGAGUUUCAAAUACAAAUAGGCAUCUAGGACACAUAACUGUGAGAAGGACAUAAGCAAUACCGUGUGUCCUGUGUAGAAGAUCUGCACGGAAUGAUGCAUUUAAGGAAAGGUGUGUUGUUUUGUAUACACGCCAUAUUGUAUGGUAAAUUAUCGUUGGAUUAUUUCAACAAAUGAUAUAAAUAAAGCAGUUAAAUGUACAGUAUGUAAUUGUUACUGAUGUUGAAACUUACAAACCAUUAUGGAAGAAAAUAUGUUUACUACACUGUAAAAUAUUGUUAACCCGUGUAAACUAUGUAUAUACAUUGUUAAUUUAUUGACGCAGGGCUAUGAUGGAGGAUCUGUUCAAAAUGGCAUUUAAGAUUUAGAUCAGAUGGAUACUCGUUUUUUAAUACAUUUAUUUUUUAAAUCCUUAUUUUUGAACCCCAUGUUUUAGAAUUAUCUUCUUAUUUGGAAAAUAAUUGAAUAAUUGACAAACUGUCAAGAUCUCUGACCACCUGUCCGGCAAUAUAUGUCUGUAUGAAACCGAGUAUUGAUAUCAUGUGCAGUGUUAAUAAACAUUGUGUCUGUUUA